AUGACACACGGUAGAUGUUUGGGCUUUGGUUUCAUCACAUUCGGCGACCCAGCUAGCGUAGACAAAGUAUUAGCUCAAGCAACACACGAAUUAGAUGGAAAAAAGAUUGACCCUAAAGUGGCCUUCCCAAGGAGAGCACAUCCAAAGCCAGUGCGGUGUUGCGUGGCCGGUCAAAGGGGAUGCCAGCUAUGCGAAUUACAUGAAUACAUUAAAGGAGCACUGCCUCGUACAUGUUACACUGUAAUGCUCACGAAUAAAUUUAGACCAUGUUCCUUCAUCGUAGCACUGAACGGCUACCAUGGAGAUAUGGAAAUUUUGAAUCCGAUCGAUCGCUUAGCUUCAGAACUUGCCUCAAUUUGA